UAACCGUUACACUGGCGUCUCGCGGAGUCGCGGUGAGCCGGAGACAGCAGCAGAAUCGGAAACCGCGCAAGGCGAGAGCGAGACGACUACGCAAAGCAAAAGCUCCCACCUAAAACCAAACCAGAACCUAUCGUCGUCGUCGACUCCAGGGAAGCUCGCCUCCCGACUCCGCUCUGCUCUUCCCACCAACAAACACCACCGCGCUCCACGCCACCAUCGGCCGGCGUCCGGCGGCGACCGAGCCAGCUUAUCAGCGCAGCGGCCAAAUAAAGAGCGGGAUGCCGGGGCCAGGGGCGCACCUGCUGUACGCUCUGUCGGGCGGCGCGGCGCUGUCUCGGGUCGCCGGCCCGGACCGCCGCUUCGGGCCGCACCACUGCGCCGUCUACGCAGCGAACGCGUUCCUCGGCCCGGACCUCGGCUCCUUCGCGGAGUGGCUCUGCUCUUUCCUCCCGUCGGCCUCCGCAGCGGGGGACCUCGCCAUGGCCGCCGUGCACCACCCCUUCUACUACCCGCUCCUCCUCGGCCUCCCGCUCGCCUGGGCCUACGCCUGGCUCUCCCGCCGGCUGCUUCGCGCCGGCGUCCUCGACUCCCCCUCCGGGGUGCCAUUAAGAACGAGGCAGUGUUUCUUGCUGAUCUCUGCCGGCUCGCUCUCUCACUUUUUCUUGGAUCACUUGUUUGAGGAGAAUGGACAUUCUACAAUGUACACUUGGAUCCUGAGCACUGGUUGGUGGAAAGGUCGUGCUCCUAUCAAUCCAGAUGCAGUGCUCGUCGUAGGACUUCUUUGUACUUGCCUCAUGGGGGGGUUUGUGUACAUCAACAGAGUGAAGCAUGGAAGGUCUGCAGCAGAAAAAUCAAACCAGUCUUUCUUUCUCAUCCUGAUGAUAGCCACCCUGUACUGUAUGUGGUGUGCCAGUCAGAUAUACUUGCGGCAACCCCCUCAACCUGCUAUUGGCGAAGAAGCUGAUCUCGGAGUGAUAAUAUUUCUUGCCAUUUAUCUUUUUCUCCCGCAUGGCUUGUGCGUCCUUUCGAUGAAUCAAAAGGAUUAUACAGACGCACUGAAUGAACUGCCACUUCAAUAAUUUGUGUCGUUAUUGUGCAUUUUCUUCCAAUCUGUGCAGAAUAUCAGUUUACUAACAGUCUGGUUUCUGCAUUAUGUUGUAAUUAGAUUUAAUUCUACCUGGAUGAUUGCUAGUGCACCUACGUAUAGCCCUGUAAUUCUUGAAACAUAUAUUGUUAUGGAAUAAAGUUAUAUGGAUGGCAUUGACUUCUGUUGAAAAAGAAUUUCAUGUUUUUCAUUGGGCAUAUGGAGGUGGAUCAUAUGAUUGGUAGUCAAGGCACCCAUGACCAUAUUUUUCAUUUGGCAUAUGUCUGCCAAGCUAAUUAUCCAUGUUGUGCACUUACCGGUGUUUCCUUUUGUAGUAAGUUGAGAGGGAGCAUAUUCACUUGGAUCAUCGUAGUGAAUUCAAGUGCUGCAUUAAACUCAUUAUCAUUAUCUGGAUCAUUGUCUUUUCUAAGAGAUCUCAAGAGCCUUCUCAAGCCUUGAUACAACUUGCUUCAUGGAUGGCCGUUGCUUCUUGUGGCCAGUGCAUAACAGAGCAAGCUUCAAACUGAGAUCAAAUGCCUCCGUUGAAUAAUCUCCAUUCAACCUAGGAUCAGCAAACUCCGAUACAUUGCCAUCUUGGAUAAGUGUAGAGGCCUGGGAACGACAGGAGUUGCAGGAGCACCAUGCCGUAGCUAUACACAUCCCCUGCAGCAUUCACCCUGUGGUUGUGGCGGUAUUCUGGAUCAACAUAGCCAAACGUUCCUCUGACUUCCGAGCUUACAUGUGACACACCUAAGUCCAUGACUCUUGAGAGUCCAAAAUCCGACAGCUUGGGUUCCAUGUCAACCCCAAGAAGUAUAUUGGUUGGCUAUCAUAUAUAGAAAGUAUGAGUUUGACUAAACAUGAAUCUAUAGAUGCACUGAAGCCUUUCAGAUCAUGCAACAAACCUUGAUGUCACGGUGAACAAUGCAGCCUUCAGGAUAUAUGUGCAGGAACCAAAGGCCACAAGCACUUCCAAGUGCUAUCUGAAGCCUCUGAAUCCAUGAAAGGUUCUUAUCUUUUCCUACAAUCAAAUUACUCUUUUCUUCAGUUAUGCAAUUAAUGUAUAGACUUCUAGAGUUCUGCUCAUCACUUUAAAUGUUUAGCUAUGUUGUUACUCACCAAAUAACCAUUCUGAUAGAUUACCGUUGACGCACAGCUCAUACACAAGAAAACACUCCUCUUGCCCGUCACAGUAACCUCUUAAUGACACAAGAUUUGGGUGCCUGACAUGUGACAGGCUUUUAACUUCCCUUAGGAAGGUUUCUGCAUGCUCAUUCUUAACGAUGUGCUUCACUGCAACAGGCCAGCCAUUUGCAAGCACUCCUCUGUAUACCUUCCCUGGAACCACAAGAGGAACAAGUUGCACACCGUAAAGAACAACAUACUUUAAUAGUAUGGUUUCUAAGUCUCAUGUUCUUGGAUGAAAAAUAUACUUUCUGCUUGCUUUAUGGUACAGAUACCAUAACCGUGAAUCAGCUAUUAUGGACGCGUACCUGCAAUACCCUGUCCAAUGAUGUUUGAUGGACUCAAGCUUUCAGUUGCUGUGUAUAUUUCUUUGAUCGACAUCGGCUUGCAGGUAGUCUCCUCAUACUCAAGGGAUGUCACCGCAACCUCUGCAAGAAAAAAUAACAUGUGCGACUUUAAAAUAGCAAUGGCCCCAAUUAUCACCCCAGCAAUGAGGCAUCCUAGCAACGCUUCAUAUCCUGCUGAUAAAUUUUGAGGAGCUCAAAUCUUGAAAGAUCAAGUAGAAAGGCAUGGGAGAGAGAGGCACACUUUGUCUUCUUCAACUGUCUGUUGGUUUUUUUACUGCUGUUCAGCUUGAUGUUGAUUGAUUUGUUGGAUAUGUGGAUGGGAGUGAUCCUGUCCUAUUUCAUUUCAAAAAGAUGAAGACUAAAUUGCAUGACGCCAUCAAAUGUAGGCUCCUUAGUAAAUUACUAUUGGUGGGAGAAUUUGAUACCAUAUUGCUUCAACUGUAUUUAUAUGCCUUGAGAUUUGAUACCGUGUCAUUUCACAUUUCAAUUUGAACAGUACCUUUAGGAUUUGAUACUGUGUUGUUUCAGCUUUCAACAGUAUAUAUAAUACCUUCGAGUGCUUCUUGA